AUGGCCACGGCUGAAACUGUAGACCUGGGCGAAGUACAUGAGCCUAGAGAGGAAUCCAUCAAGGUUUUCAGAGAGAUUGAGCAUGAUCUAAAGAAGGAAUUGCUUCACAUCCGACGGGAGUAUCAGAAGCACGAGCCCGAGUAUUUUCAGGCUGUAGCACACCUCGAUGAUCACGCGCUUGCUGCCUUUGGCCCGGACGAUUUAGUUGCCAUAAGAGUCGCUGUCUCAGCCUACGGAAUCCACCUUUUCGGCAAAAUUCGCAUCCCAGCCUUGCCUGAUUCUGGGCCCGCCUAUAUUCACUUUCGGGCCUUUGUACCAGGAGGCGAACCACCAAAGCUCCAUAGCAUUCACACAGAGGAGAAAGAACACUCUGACGGUGACAAAACAUACCGGGCCAUAUUCACCAAGGGUGAUGCGUUGGAAUGGUUUGACACAUAG